AAGUUCAACAUCGGCCCCUUGGCCAAAGCUUUACAUUUAGUCUGUGCAGUACGGCAACGGACACAAGUCCUACAUUUGACGCAUCGGCAGCUUUCGCCCUUGCGUCCUUGUACAUAUAUUGAAAUGGCAGCAAUUGAUUGGCUUCCGGUUGUGCGUGCCGGCAUGGUCUCCAUGUGGAUUGAAUUGUCUUUCAUGAUCUUCUUUGCGUUGGGUUUCGUGCUGCUGCGCAACGGAGUUUUCAGUUUCCUGGGACCUGGCAAUGCAAAGAAGGGUGAUUAUGGUAAGAGCUCAAGAAGAGCGGCGCAGUUUAGCAGCAAGUCGAAGAAGAUCAUUGAGGCUGAGGCCUCUUCCGGCAAUGCGAAGGAGGUGCUCAAGGCCUGGAGGCUCGGACAAGGAGCUCCAACUCCCAAGGAGCUGUUCAAAGUGGUCGUUCAAGCUUUCAUCGACGCAGAACCCGAAUCCCUUGUGAAGGAGAUCGUCUCCCACAUCAAACUCCACGAGGAGGUUCUUACAACCACGUUCGUGGCAAUGUCCAUCUUGGACACGGUUGCGCGUUCGGGGAAGACCGCGCUGAUGCAGGAGUGUUGGGAGCUGCUGCCAGAAGCAGGCAUCAAGUGCAGCAACUGCAUGUACGACGUCUUGCUGGGCGGCUUUGCUACAGCAGGUGAACCCGAUAAGGUACGGCAUUACGAGGCGGUCAUGAAGAGGGAGCGCUUGAAGAUGUCUGCGCGUGGCUUCUCAUUGGUCAUCAAGGGCUACCUGAAGAAUGGCCUAGUGGACGAGGUUUUGGAGAAGUUGAUUGAGAUGAUGAGAUCCGGUCAUGAUGUACCGUCCUUCGCUGUCGCGCAAUUCCUGCGUGUGGCUGCAGAGGCCGGGCGAUCGGCGGAAAUGUUUGCAGCCGUGCAGAGCGAGUUGGAUAUGUCCUCCGAAGCCUUUGGCGUCAUUUUGGAGGAUUGUGCGCGCACUGGAAACCUGACCCUCGCUGAGGAGGUGGAACAUACUGCUCGAUCAGUAUUGACGCCUCUUCCGGCCACACUGUACGACGUGUUAGUCAAGCUCUACACGCUGAAAUGCCAUUCCAGAGCCAUUCAUGUAUUCAACGAGAUGCAAAGCCAGGGCAGCAUCAGCGAGGCGUUCUGCGUGAGUCUGCUGGCGCGCUGUGCCGAGAGCAAGUUCUUGAGUCUGGCAGAAGAGGUGGUGAAGUACUGCCGCAGCUCCAAGGUCAUGACCUUGUCCAUCUACAGCUCCCUCAUGAAGGUGUAUGCCUUCUCGGGGUUGUAUGACAAGGCGUGCGACCUUUAUGAGGACAUUCAGAAGGACAAGAUCGAGCCCGAUGCCAUGAUGUAUGGCUGCCUGAUGAAGUUCGCCGUGGAGUGCGGCCGGAACUCUUUGCUGGAGGACUUGGCCGACAAGGUGCCGACGCUGGACAUCCAGCACUACAUGUCCUUGAUCCGCUCUGCGGGUUGCGACCGCGACGUGAACCGCGCCUUCGCCGUCUUCGAGCGCCUGAAGUGCAGCUCCUUGGCGCCGGACGUGGCCUCCUUCAACUGCGUGCUGGACGCGUGCGUCCGGUCCGGGGAUCUCAAGCGGGCGCAGGAGCUGAUGAAGGAGAUGCGGGAGCGAAAGAUGGUGGACAUUAUCACCUACAACACUCUCAUCAAAGGCUGGUGCAGCAAGGGAGACCUGAAAGCAGCCAAGGCAAUGAUUCAGCUGAUGGAGGCCGAAGGGAUCAAGGCGAACGAUGUUUCCUACAACUCCAUGGUCAAUGCGGCAGUCAUUCGAAGCAACUUCUUAGAGGCUUGGGCGAUCGUUGACACCAUGGAAGCAGCAGGUGUUCGGCCAGACCACUACACUGUCUCUAUCAUGAUGAAAGCGCUGAAGAAGAUCAAGGGGGGGCACUCUCAUGUUGCGCGGUGCUUUGCGCUCUUGGACCGUUCUGGCGUCGACAUUUGCCAAGAUGAGAUUCUACUCAACACUGUGCUGGAGACCUGCACCCGUCACCGGGAGACCAAGCGCUUGGAAUCCAUGCUGUGUCUCUUUGAGAAGUCCAAGCUGCGGCCGUCCACGCCCACCUAUGGGUCGAUCAUCAAGGCCUACGGCACCUUGAGAUGCCCCGAGAAGUGCUGGGCAUACUGGAGAGAGAUGAUCGAUCAGCGUGGUCUCAAACCGACGCACAUCGUCAUCGGCUGUAUGUUGGAUGCGCUGGUGAGCAACGGGUUGGUGGAUGAUGCAGAGCGUUUGUUCGCGGAGUAUGAUUCCUCUCCGCCCAAUAUGGUGCUGUAUUCGAUUCUGUUCAAGGGAUUUGCCAAUACGCACCAGCCGCAACGAGCCAUGGAUCUUUGGCGAGAGACACGGCAGAAAGGCAUGCAGAUGAACACUGUGGGCUACAACUCUGUGAUUGACUCGCAGGCUCGUGCUGGCAACAUGGAGGAAGUGUCAGAGAUUCUCAAAGUGAUGGCUGAGGAAGGUGUCAAGCCAGACAGCAUCACACAUUCAGUCAUUGUGAAGGCAUAUUGUGUCAGAGGAGAGCUGGAAAGCGCGAUGGCCACCAUCCGCAGCAUGCAGGAAUGCAAGAUGGAGCACGAUGCGGUUGUGUACAACACUUGCCUUGAUGCAUGCUCCAAGCAGAGUCGGCUGGACUUGGUUGACAAGCUCUUGAAGGACAUGGUGGCUCACGACAUCUCUCCGACAAACUUCACUUUGGGCAUCCUGGUGAAGACGUUCGCCCGAGCCAAACAGCUGGAUAAAGUCUUUGAGAUCAUGGAGACCUUGCCCAAGCUUGGCAACUUUGUGCCCAAUCAGCAGGUUUGGAUGUGCCUUUUGUGCUCGUGUCUCAACAACGAUGCGCCCGACAAGGCACUCGAGGUUCUGGCGGACAUGCGAGCAAAUGGCCACCCAGUAGACAGCAAGGUGUACCAGGUGCUGAUCUCAGGGCUGGUGAAGCACGGCUGGCUCCAGGAAGCCGUGAAGCUGGUGGACCAGGUGUAUGGAUUGGGGGGCAAUGCGGAUACGGAUUGCAAGCCUUCCGACGGGAUGUGUGUCGGCAUGGAGUGCCUGGAGGUGCAGAAGUGGUGUGAGGGACAUGAACGCUUCGCGUUUCAAGAGCGUGCUACACCCACAGGCAUUGUUCUCCGCCAUUGCGCAGAAGGGACUCAGGCAGCAUCUGGGCCUGCCGCUCUUGGAGCGCUUCCGGGCGGCGCAGCUGCCGGUGAGCGGUCGUAUCUUGAACUGUGCCUUUGCAAUUACUGGGGACUACAACAACAAGCAACAGAAGGGCAUUGAUGCGAAUCGGAGAAGUUUCAGAAAGUGAGGGCUAGUGAAGCGCAUGUCGCUUCUUUCUCCCGUCUGAGAUGGGAUCAGUUUGGUGCUGCAAGCCAUAGGCAAGCAGCACCUGUAGGAUUGACUUGUGACGCAUGCACAUCGUGCGAACUGGAGAAGAGUCCGAUGAACGGUCAGAACAUG